AGUUUUUUAAAAAACCUUUUAAAUCUUUCCGGCAUGCUGAUGACCCAGAUUGGAUCGGAUAUGGUGAUACAUCCAUGUCUCCUUAUGAUACUGCUUGGGUCGCAAUGAUCCCUAGUAAAAUUUAUAAAGAAUCAAAAAUUUCAAAAGAUUUCAGCUUAGCAUUCCCUCAAUGUUUCUUAUGGCUUUUAAAUAACCAAGAUAUACAUGGUAGUUGGGCUGGUAGUGGUGCUGGUGGCAUUGUACCAGGACUUGCUGGUCUUCUUUCUCUAGGUCUUUUCCGAUCACAUUCCGGUGAAUUUUUUGUAACUAAAUUGAAUGAUUUGGGAAUAACUAUU